UAAAACAUCCAAAUUUGCAGAAAUAAUCCUGAGGGCAUGACCCAGUGUCCUCAGUGGCAGCUACAGCCCUGUUCCCCACUUGCAAGGGGCCCCUGGAGGCCCCCUGACCCACCACUUUGGGACCAGUAGAGACGCUGCACCUGUAUGCAGUGCGCCUGUCCCGUUUGGAAAAAGUUGGCAGCGCAAUGGUUACGCAGCGUGCGUCUCAAGGGCAAAGGAAAUGAGGAAAACGACCACAGUAACUAAUGAAGACUCCUCUCUUCCUCUGUGUCUGCGGACAACCCUGCUGCUCCACCGGCUCUGCUGUAGCUGUGCUGCCAUGUCAGUGGAGGAUGUUAUUCCAGUCAUAAGGAUAAAAAAAAGAUGCGCCUAGAACGUCACAUUUUCAGUGGAAGCGACAGUGUGGAGAGGCUGUGAUCGAGCCGGGGAGCGGAAUAUGCGGCACCGUGCAGCUCUGCACGUCGGGCUCACGCGUUGGAUCUUUACCGGAUAAACGUCCUAUGGCUGAAAUAUGUGUUUUUAUUUCAGCCUGGCACAGGAUUUUAUUAUCGCACCACGUUUCAGCAGGAAUCUGGAUGAUCCUCCAGUCACGUCACCCCGGAUCCCCACACCAGUUUCAUAGGAUGAGGACCAAUAAACCGACCUAAAAUAAAUAUAGCCACCCGUCAAAGUUUAAAGAAGUCUCAUUUUAAAAAUCUGCAUUUUUAAGGUGAUGGUGUCAAGAAUAGAUGUUAAAUCAUUACUUGAGAGCAGCAGGUUUGUGGAAGGAGGGUUGUUUUAAACAGCCCGCCCCGGCGUCUUACUAAUUACAAUAAUAUAACAAACUAUCAUUAGAGUUACGGUAGAGAACUGACUCUUGCUGUAGUGUAGACGACCGUGGGUAGCCUAAAAUGCAACAAGAUGAAGUUAUUAUUCCAACAUUGAGGAUGCCACCAUGGGUGUCCUUUCAAGGAAGGGAGACUGGAGAAUGAAAGGGGACUUGCUGCGUCUUUAAUCGGACACAGAGGCGAAAGAAGGAGACGGCCGGACAAGCCAUCUUCUCUUUUUGUUUUUUUCUUUUUGGAUUGGUCCAAAAAUAUUUUUGCGUGCCCCUUGGACUCCUGCACAAUGGGGAUUAUGCUUCAAGUUAUUCUAGGAAUGUUUCAAUUCCUGCUGCUCACCAGAAUACCGACGUCCCAUGCCAAGCUCGCUCAUUGGCGGCCGGCGGAUUCAUCAAAAUCCAGGGAGGGGCGAGAAGUGCGGCGGUGGUUGGAGGUUUACUCGCGGAGUGGCUGUGAGCCUCGGGACACUCUAGUGGAAGUUUGGCGGGAGUUGCCAGGGGAGACCCACCAUCUCUUUGUGCCAUCCUGCGUGUCGGUGAGGCGAUGUGGUGGCUGCUGUGCUGACGAGGCUUUGGAGUGUGUUCCCUCACUCACACACACACUCACCAUGGAGCUGAUGAGAACCUCCUUCAUGAAACAUGAGCUCAUUGAGCUACCGUUCGUUGAGCACAGCCAGUGUGAGUGCAGAUUAAAAGAACAACUCCAGCCAACACCUACAUCAAGGCCCAAUCUGAAGCUAACAAGAACAGACAAGAAAAAAGAGAAAGGAAAGUCCAGACAAAAGACUAUUGGAGCCUUCAGAGCUGCGACCCAUGCUCCCCCAUCUCUUCCUCCCCCAUCCACUCCUCCUCCUCCAUCACCGCCUCCUCCUUCACCUCCCCCUACCAGCCUCUCUCCUUCUCCGUCGCCAUCUCUAAGGCCUCGUUGCCGCCCCUGCAGAGGGAGGAAGUGGGCACUGGAUGCGACGUCUUGUCAGUGCCGUUGUACUAUCACAGCUGAGAGCUGCAGCCGAAAAGACCGGAGGCUCAACCCUCACCGCUGCAGGUGUGAGGCCAUGAGGACUUGAUGUGUCUACUCACUUUGUUUUCACCUCCUUCUUACCACCAACCCCUGUUGAUUCAUCGCUCACUCUCAGCAUCCGUGCCAUGGAGCAUAAAGACGUUUGGACAUGAUGUACCCUCAGACCACCGAAGGAAAUACUAGCACACAUGAGAACCUGUAGCAGCAAUACAGCCUGAAUAUCUGUCUACGUGUGUGUGUGUGUGUGUGUGUGUGUGUGUGCGUGCAGCCAAACAUCUUUUCACCUCCAUAUGUGCAUGCAUGCUCAGACAUGUCGAGUCACAAAAUAUGUCCCUUGAGCGCAGGGGUGAAGUGGCAGCUUAAUGGUGACUCUGAGAGACAAAUUCUAUCUUGGUGGAUGCAAACACACAAGAUCCUUUUCUGCUGUGGUUCGGAGGUCUUCUAGAUCUGCAGUUGAACUUAUAAAUACAAGAGAGCAGUGGGAACUAACAAGAACAAUGGAUGUGAAGUGGAUCGGUCUUUUGCAGGUGUCCUACUCAUUGACUGAAGUUGUGAUUUGUUGUUCGCAGGCAAGCUGCACAUGGAGAUGGAUUUCACUGCAAAGUCAUGGCCAAUUUUUAUGCAAAGGAUUUGAACAAACAAAGGGAUCAGAUUAUAGAUAGACACAUCCACACUCAGACAUACCAGAAGGACAUAGGACAUGCCCAUGAACUGGCACCCCAGUGUGCGUGGACCUAUAGUUGAGCUGAAUGCUGGGAUGGAGAAUAUCUGUGUGGUCUCCUCAAUGAAAGACCCAGAUGGGAUAUCCCUGCAGCCGUUCCCUCUCAUUCAAAGCGUAUGACCACGGGCUGGCUCUCCAAGCCGCUUUCCGGCAUUUGUUUAAUUUGAGUCUUUUGUCUCCAUCUUCCCUUGGCUCCCCGAUUGAAAGCAGCCGCUUUGCCUCUCUUUGCCUCUCUUUGCCUCUCUUUUAGGCAGUGAGGAGAAUGACAAUAAUGAGGCCUGGCGGCUGUCCACUGCUUCACACAUAAACAUUCACACUUAUAAUUCCAGGAACACAGACGACAUUGCACAUGCAGACACACACAAUCGCACUCACUCUGUGCUAUAGCAGGCACAAACACAUUCAUAUUUACACACACACACAUGCAAUGUGAAAUGAAUGCAGGUAGCCCAAAGCAUUUGUUUGUAUAUGUCAGUUGUUUAUAUUUGCAAUUUACUGCAAAGUCUUGGUUUAAUAUUGUAUUAUAUGCCUCUGUUUUAUAUUUUAUUAUAAUUCUGUCAAGCUGAUUGAAAAGAUAUUCUAUAUUGCAGAAUGUGCGUCUUUGUUUUGUUUGUUCAUCUUUAAUCCGUCUGCAUAAAGAGUCACGCUGGGUGGCCAGCUACGCAUACACUCUGCAUCUAAACCGAUACCCAAAUGUAUUGAAUUUAAAGAGUCACGGCUCACAUGGGCCACAAAUGGGAGACUAUAUACAUUAUAAUGUGUAAUUCAAACAAUCAGGAGGGCAGUGUUGUCCGCAGCACACAGAAACAAAGCAAAUAGCCAUUCCCAGUGCAGAGAAAAACAUGGCUGUUUUUGUUGCAUGUCAGAGCCGGGAUUGAAAGAGUAUUAUUCAUGUGGAGCAUAACUUGUUUAUAUUCUACCCGAAUCUCACGGUUUAACUCCAUGUUAGUUCAUGACUGCCUGGCCGCUGAGUGGGAACUGGGAUUUGAACUGUGACUGUUUCAGAAAAGGACGAGGUCUUGAGCAGCUUGUCAGUCAGCGUGACGGACUAAAGCCAGAGCUCAGAGGGCCCAUAAUGGCGGGUCAUGGAGUUUAAACCUAUUUCUGAAACUCUUUGUCCUGUGCUAAAUUUUACUGAGAACAUUUUGCAGUGACGUCUAAUCUUUGUGACAAACAGUAGCUCUGAGACUCCAUAAUUCAUGUCCGUACUCUUCCCUCAGUUUUUAAAUGAUCCAGCGAUUGAAAGGGUCCAGAGUCUGAAUUAUUUGUGUUUCAGCUUUGAGCUAAAGAACUUUGUUUCUGUGGCCGGUGUGAUAAGCUCUGUAUUUAUACUGUCCUGAGAUGAGAUUAUUUUUUUCCAUGCUCGAGUCCAUUGUUCAGUGUUUGUUAUUACUGUCAAUCAAUGCUUCAAUCACUACCUCUAUAUCAGAACAUGUUAAUGACCAAGUAUUAGAGCGUUAAUGUUACUUUUUCUGUGUUAUUUCAGACCUCUUUUGAGAUAAUAAUGUUUGUAUUUACAUUUAGCAAUAAGGAUAGUCUCCAGUGUAGAGAUGUGGAGCUGCAGCAGAUCUGUAGUGAUUACCACUGGUUUAGAGGAAACCUAUAGGAGUUAUCUGUGUGCGUCUUCAUAAUCUGAAGGGAAGCAUUUUGUCAAAUGAGGAGAGCUGAACUGGUCCUCUGACUACAGACCCGACACUGUGUGAUGAUGUGGAACAGGACGUGGUUUCCCAAAACAUUUGUAGCCUCAAACUACUGGUGAUCUUAAAGUUUUGGCUUUAAAGAAAUUGUUUGACAUUUUGGAAAAUGUCAAACUAUUUUACUUGAAAAGAAUGAUACCAGCAAUCAGAAGACUAGAAACAGAGAGAAACAGCUAGCCUGGCUUUGUCUGGGAAAAGAAAUCCAUGUAGGCGCAGCUCUAAAAGCUUGAAUACAUCAAAGAACUAGCAGCGAUGAAGGAAGACUGUUGGGUCACUUAAACACAUCCAGAGAAGACAGCCAAGUGCCAACUAGCAUGUGUGUUCUGCACCUGUGUGAGGAUAUAACUCUCCAAACCAGCAGGUGAUAGUAGUCCAUGGAUGUACAACCCUGAUUCCAAAGGAGUUAAUAGUUAAUAGGAGUAAAAAGAAACAGAAUACAGUGUAUAAGUACAAAAAACAAAAGUUUUCACUCAGCUCAUAGACUUUACAUCCUUAUGACGUCAGGUUUUUAAGUGGCUUUCUUAGCUCAAGGCAAGUUUUACGGAUAUAAAACACGGAUCAAAACUUUAAUGGAAAGAGCAAGAAUUGAGUUUCUGAGAAUUUCUUUCACUAAUGCGGUCUAUGAGGCCAGUAGUUUUCUUUUCAGAUUGAUUUCCCUCACCAUUGAGCCGCGCUGCAGAUUAAACAGCCAAAAAGCUGCCAACAAGGGUCAGACUAAUACCAACAGUGCAGGACACACCGCAAAAAAUAGGGCGACAGACAAUGGCCGACAACCGACCAUCAGCCUGGUGUGCCACGACCUUUAACCUCACUAGUUAACAUGUAAAUCUCUUUUCUUUAAUCUGCACAACAGCCAGUGAGAAAACAACAGGUUGUGGUUUUAAUGAGCAAAUUAAUCAAGACUGAGCUGUUUCCCUUUGUUUACAGUCUUUUUGUUAACUGACCUAAGUGACUGCUGGUCUUGUUAUGUGAUUUAUUAAACAGAGAGUCGAAUCAACCUUCAGCAGUGAAUUAGCGCAUAUAUAUAUAUAUAUAUAUAUAUAUAUAUAUAUAUAUAUAUAUAUAUAU